UGGCUCCUCCGCUGCUUCCGGUCCCUCCCCGCCUCUCGCCAGCUGCCGGGUGCCCCCAACACGCGGGUGCCGGCCGGGAAGGGCUCCCCCGAACGACCUGCUGCCUUCACUGCUGAAUGGCCUUGAGUCCCUCAGGCGCCUAGGAUGAAGUGCCACUACGAGGUGUUGGGGGUAAAGCGCGACGCGUCCGACGAAGAUCUGAAGCGAGCUUACCGGAGAUUGGCACUGCGUUGGCAUCCAGACAAGAACCUUGAAAACGGCGAAGCAGCAGCAGAACAGUUCAAGCUGAUCCAAGCUGCAUAUGAUGUGCUGAGUGAUCCUCAGGAAAGAGCAUGGUACGACAAUCACAGGGAAGCUUUGCUGAAAGGAGGAGUCGAUGGCGAAUAUCAGGAUGACAGUCUAGAUGUGCUCCGCUAUUUCACUGUUACCUGCUACUCCGGCUAUGGAGACAAUGAAAAGGGGUUCUACGCAGUGUAUCGGCACGUCUUUGAAAUGAUUGCAAAGGAAGAAAUGGAAUCCGUGCCAGAGGAAGACGAAGAAGAAUUUCCAAGCUUCGGAGACUCCCAGAGUGACUAUGACGCGGUCGUCCACUGCUUCUAUGCUUACUGGCAGAGUUUCUGUACCCGGAAGAAUUUCGCAUGGAAGGAAGAAUAUGACACGCGGCACGCCUUGAACCGCUGGGAGAAGCGAGCGAUGGAGAAGGAGAACAAGAAAACCCGCGACAAAGCGAGGAAGGAGCGGAACGAGCUGGUCCGCGAACUGGUGGCCUUUAUCCGGAAAAGGGACAGGCGGGUGCAGGCCCAUCGGAAGCUCCUGGAAGAGCAGAACGCCGAGAAAGCGAAGAAGGCCGAGGAGCUGCGCAGGCAGCAGAAACUGAAGCAAGCCAAAUUGGCCGAGCAGUACAAGGAACAGAGCUGGAUCGCCAUGUCCGAUCUGGAGCGAGAGCUGCAGCAGAUGGAAGCCCAGUACGAAAAAGAGUUUGGAGAUGGGUCUGACGAUGAAGAAGAAAAAGAAGAGCGAGAGUCAAAGGAGGAUAAAUUAAGCGAAGACGGGGAUGAUGCUGACUUUUAUGAUGAUCUCUACUGCCCUGCUUGUGACAAAUCCUUUAAGACUGAGAAAGCUAUGAGGAACCACGAAAAGUCCAAGAAGCACCGGGAGAUGGUAGCCUUGUUACGGCAACAGCUGGAGGAAGAGGAGGAGGAAUUUUCUCUCGCUGCGGCCGAUGACGACGGGUUGAAUACUAAGGAGGAAGAGGAGACGGAAGACCUGCCCAGACAAAAGCUCUCAAAGAAACAGAGAAGGAAACAAAAACCAAUGAUGGGCGACCCUUCUGACGACAGAAGCACAGGAGAGCCGGUUGAUGAGUCGAUACAGGCUGGUGACACCAAGCAGGAUAGCGAGACUGAAGAAUUGGGAAACGCCACCAAAAGCCACAGCCCGGAAGAUGCAAGUGUGGGAGAAACUGUAGAACAAAGUGUGGAGCCCAAACCGGAGGGGAAAAGCAAUCCUAAAGCCAAAGGGAAGAAAACCAAAGAGAUGAAGAAAAGCACUGCUGCAAGAGGUUCUUCAGAGCAUCAAACAAUGCAUGAAGCUCCUCUCCAGUGUGUUACCUGCAGCUGUGAAUUUCAGUCGCGGAACAAACUCUUUGAACAUUUAAAAGCGACGGGCCACGCCAAAGCAACGCAAGAGCUGACCAUCAACGGAGCCAGUAGCAGUAACAGCAGCAGCAGGAGCAAAAGGGAAAAACGGAGGAACAGAUAAUAGGGAUGUGCAUAAGAACUGCUGAUCCGUUGGUAGCGCAUCGCUAGCUGAGGCUCCUUGCUGUCCCAAAAGAGAUGCAGGGUUUGUACCAUGAAUUAAACUGGCUGGAAACUCCUGUGCCCGGCGCCGCCAGGAACUGUGUGGCCGUGUUUAAAUUGUACAACACUUGGUGAUACUCAUUGGUUUUCUUUUUUAAACCGGCCCUUCUGUAACAGCUGCUUGUACCUAGUCCAUUCACUGGCUCUACAUUUACACACCUCCUCUUCUCUCUACAUCCCCCUCAAAGAAAAGCACAGAUACACCACUCAUAAAGAGCAUCUUCCUCCUAAUUACUAAGACGUGUAAAGAAAAAAAAUGUACAGGAAGAAAUAAAUUAUUUUACUUUACAAUGCAGUUUUAUUUAUAGCGCUUGUUAAAUGAACAACAUGCAUGUCCUACAUGGUAAAAGUGUCUAUUCCCCCCCUGCCAGCCUCCCUUACUCAUUUAGCCCAAUCCUGACCAGGGUGCAUCAAUACACAAGGCAUCUUUAAGUGGAUUCAGGCCCUCGCUUAGGCCCUUAUGGACAUGUGCUAGCCAAUUUGGAUUCCCCCUUCUGUUUAAAGGAUGGCAACUGUUGUCACACUCCAGAUGCUGGUAGCUGCAGUUCCAAUGGCAGCGGGGAUGAUUUUAUUAUUUCA